GGUAGUAAGUUCAGUUCUUCUUAACAAGUGUUGCGACAAGUGUAUUUAUAUACUUAAUAUAGUACAUAAUCACAUAUUUUAAAAAAUAUUGUAUAAUUUACAUUAGUGUGGAAAUAUCGGAAAGCAGUUGUAUACGGUUAUUGUUGUUGCAUAAUAUUGGAAUAACGGGGAAAGUUCAGUAACAAAUAAUGGCGACGAGUUGUGCUCAAACACUUGCUCUACAGAGUAAUUCCAGUGAGCUGAACCGCUUCAUGAAGAAAUUGAUGAAGAAAUUACUUAGCUUCUACGACGAACAGUCUCUAAUCGAUGUGACUUUUAAAGCAUCAAACCCAACGGCUGUUGUACCCGCGCAUCGUUUGAUACUCGCAGCAGCAAGUCCCUACUUCGAGAACCUUUUCAAAGGCGAGCAAGGCAAUAAUCCCGUCGUCGAGAUAAAUGAUAUCGAUAGCGAUACUUUGGAGCGUCUAAUAGCCUUUUGUUACACCGGAGAGGCCCUCAUUACCGUUAACAAUGUCGGUGUCAUGCUAAAGGCGGCAAUCGUUUUGCAAUUGGACGAUGCCAUAAAUAGUUGUGUUGACUACAUCAUGGCGAAUAUGAAUGAAUAUACAUUGCAGGCUGCUUACACGCUUGAGCGAGAAACACAGUGUGAACAGCUUAAGCAAAAAAUUAUGGAAUAUGAAAUAAAGAACUUCAUGGAGAUCAGUCGAGGCGUUGAGUUUCUGAGUUUUGAUGUAGAAAAAUUGCAACGUAUUCUGGAAUCUGACAAUUUGAAUAUAACUCGUGAGGAAGAUGCCUAUGAUGCCAUAAAACGCUGGGUCAAUUACGAUGAGCCUGCACGUCAAGAGUCACUGCCACUUUUAAUAGCUUGUCUCCGGCUUACCCAAUUUGAUGCGGACUUUCUGUGGACACACAUUCAGCCGUUACCUGGUUGUGAACUGCUGGCCUUCAAGGCGCUAACGUGGAUCAGAGAGCCUGCAGCACGAACAAAGAUAAAUAUGAGAUUUACAGAACCACGUGCUACUUGUGAGAAAACAUUCCUGGUGAUUGGCUCAACAGAGACAUAUCACAAUCUGUUGCAAUAUAACAAAGCUGAGGAUAAGUGGCAAGAAUAUGCGAGUUUAGAAAUCGAUUAUGUAAAUUAUUGUAUGAUUUUAGAGGAUGAUAAUUUAAUAUUUAUUGGCGGUCGUAAAAGUGGUUUAACAUCCAAAAUCGUCCGCAGCUUGAAUAUACGAAAUAAGAUAUGGCAAAAUUUGCCCGCCAUGAACCAAGCAAGAAGCUUACACUGUGUUGCCAAAUUAGAUGGUAAAAUCUUCGCGAUUGGUGGUUUAGAGCGUGAUUUAGAGGAUGGAAAAGUUUUGUCGUCGGUGGAAAGAUAUACACCAUCCGAUGGUUGGGAGUUCAUGAACAGUUUGAUUUUUGGAAGAUAUAGCGCCAGAGCAGUGACUUUAAAUAAUAAAAUUUACGUAUUGGGCGGUAAAAAUGAUAAUGGCGACUUAAAACUCGUCGAAUGCUACAAUCCGGAUUCGAAUACUUGGACUUCUUGCGCGGAUAUGACAAAAUGUCGUGACUUUCCUUUUGUAAAAGUACAUAAUGGGCACAUAUAUGUUUUAGACACGUAUUCUGCUUCCGGUAGCCAAAGUGUUGAACGUUAUGAUCCUGAGCGAAAUACCUGGUCUAAGAUUUGUUGUUUGAAUGCUGAAUGGGCUCGUAUUGCAGGCAUGUCGUUAGACAAUAAGCUAUGGUUUAUUGGCCGCCCUAAAUCUGACGACAGAUCAAGUGUGUCAAUCUAUGACGAGGAUAAUGACCGUUGGGCAGAAAAGUGUUCAUUUUCCAAUGUAAAUGGAUAUUUCCGUUGUAUUGUGCCUGUAGCCUACUGUCGUCAAAAUGAAUAAAUAUUACUUAUUAUUAUAUAUAUUUUUUU